GUUCUCGUGUUCCCCGGCGCGCUGCAGGGUCCGUGGCGGUGAUGUCGGUGGAUGUGGGCAGCGAGUCGAUGAAGAUCGCUAUCGUGAAGCCCGGGGUGCCCAUGGAGAUCGUCUUAAACAAGGAGUCACGAAGGAAAACCCCUGUGGCUGUUUCUCUGAAGGAGAAUGAGCGUCUCUUUGGUGACAGCGCGCUGGGAAUGUCCAUAAGGACCCCCAAGGUGGCAUUCAGAUACUUUCAGGAUCUGCUGGGUAAGCGCAUCGAUAACCCCCACGUGGGGCUGUACCAGUCCCGGUUCCCAGAGCACGAGCUGGUGAAGGAUGAGAAGAGGCAGACUGUUAUCUUCAAGCUGUCCCAAACAACACAGUAUUCUCCAGAGGAGAUGCUGGGGAUGGUCCUGAACUAUUCACGUGGGCUGGCUGAGGAGUUUGCAGAGCAGCCCAUCAAGGACGCAGUGAUCACUGUUCCUGCCUACUUCAACCAGGCGGAGAGGAGGGCGGUUCUGCACGCCGCUCGCAUGGCCGACCUGAAGGUGCUGCAGCUGAUCAACGACAACACUGCUGUCGCCUUGAACUACGGUGUUUUUAGGAGGAAGGACAUCAAUGCCACCGCACAGAAUAUCAUGUUUUACGACAUGGGAGCAGGAAGCACUGUUUGUACUAUUGUUACGUAUCAGACAGUGAAAACAAAGGACUCAGGAACCCAACCCCAACUGCAGAUCCAGGGCAUUGGGUUUGACCGUACUCUCGGAGGUUUAGAGAUGGAGCUUCGUCUCCGGGACUAUUUGGCAAAACUCUUUAAUAAUCAACACCCUUCGAAAGACGUCCGAAAGAACGCCCGGGCCAUGGCCAAACUGCUGAAGGAGGCGAACCGCUUGAAAACUGUCCUGAGUGCGAAUGCUGACCACAUGGCACAGAUUGAGGGGCUACUGGAUGACAUUGACUUCAAGGCCAAGGUCUCAAGGCAAGAAUUUGAGGAUUUGUGCUCUGACUUGUUCCAGCGAGUGCCAGGACCCGUGCAGCAGGCUCUUAGCAGCGCAGAGAUGAGUCUGGAUGGAAUUGACCAAGUGAUUCUAGUUGGCGGUGCCACACGGGUCCCCAGAGUGCAGGAGGUUUUGCUGAAGGCUGUGGGCAAAGAAGAACUGGGCAAGAACAUCAAUGCCGAUGAGGCUGCUGCCAUGGGAGCAGUCUACCAGGCAGCUGCUCUGAGCAAAGCCUUUAAGGUGAAGCCUUUCAUCGUUCGGGAUGCUGCUGUGUUUCCUAUCCAGGUGGAAUUUACCCGUGAAGUUGAGGAGGACGAUAAAUCCAGGAGUUUAAAGCAUAACAAGAGGAUUUUGUUCCAGCGCAUGGCGCCCUAUCCGCAGCGCAAAGUGAUCACUUUCAACCGCUACACGGAUGACUUUGAGUUCUAUGUCAACUAUGGAGAUCUGUCUUUCCUGAGCCAGGACGACCUGCGGAUUUUUGGUUCUCUCAAUCUCACUACUGUGAGGCUAAAGGGGGUUGGGGACAGUUUCAAGAAGCACUCGGAUUAUGAAUCCAAAGGCAUCAAAGCUCACUUCAACAUGGAUGAGAGCGGAGUACUAAGUCUGGACCGGGUGGAGUCUGUGUUUGAGACCUUGGUGGAAGACAAGCUGGAGGAGGAGUCAACACUGACAAAACUUGGAAACACCAUCUCCAGCCUGUUUGGGGGUGGUGGCCAUACGCCAGAGACCGGGGAGAACCUGACUGACUCGGUUCAGGAGGAAGAAGAGAGCCCAGCAGAAACGGGUAAAGAAGAGCAGGUGGAGAAACAGGACCAAAAGGGCAGUGCAGAAGAUGCUGGUGAAGAGCAGGGAGAAGAGAAACAACAGUCGCCAGGUCAGGCAGAAACUGCCCCUCCAAAAACAGAGUCACAGAAGAAGGAAGGCGGCAAGAAAUCAGAGUCUCAGGAUCCCAAAGAAAAUAGAGAAACUGCGAAAGAGGAAGUACAGUCCAAAAGUUCUGAUGACAGCACAGUUGGCAAAACAGAGGAAGAAAAGAAGAUCAAAGCACCCAAGAAGCAGAAGCUUGUCCACGAGAUCACGAUGGAAGUGGAUAUAAAUGAUGUGCCUGACCUGCUGGAGGAUGAACUGAAGAGCUCAGUGAAAAAACUCCAAGACUUGAUGGUCAGAGAUCUAGAGAAACAGGAAAGAGAAAAAUCGGCCAACAGCUUGGAGUCAUUCAUCUUUGAGACUCAGGACAAGCUUUACCAAGAGGAGUAUCAGUUUGUCUCAACUGAGGAGCAGAGAGAAGAAAUUUCCAGGAAGCUCAGCGAGGCUUCCAGCUGGAUGGAGGAGGAGGGCUACGCAGCUGCAACCAAGGAGCUGAAAGACAGGCUUUCUGAGCUGAAAAAGCUUUGCAGGAACCUCUUUUUCCGUGUUGAAGAAAGGAGAAAGUGGCCAGAACGCCUGGCUGCCCUGGAGAGUCUGCUCAACCACUCAACCAUCUUUCUCAAGGGAGCCCGAAUGAUUCCAGAGUCUGACCAGAUAUUCACAGACGUGGAACUGAGUACUCUUGAAAAAGCUAUCAAUGAAACAACGAUCUGGAAAAAUGAGACACUGGCUGAACAGAACAAGCUCUCUCCUACUGAGAAACCUCUCCUGCUGUCCAAAGACAUAGAGCUGAAGAUAGCAGCCCUGGACAGGGAAGUGCAGUAUCUUCUGAAUAAGGCCAAGUUUGCAAAACCCAAACCCAAAAAGGAGAAGAAUGCCACAAAAACUGAUUCAGGAAAGAAUGCUACAGCAGCCUCUGAGACUGAGAAUACUAUCCCUCCCACGGAGGGGAAACAAGAAGAGAAACCUGAGGAUGUUGGUCCAGCCAAGGAACCUCCUACAGUUGAGAAGGUAGCAAUAGACGAUGAGCCUGGAUCAGACUCCGGGUCCAAAAAAGAGAAGACGACAGAAGCUGGAGGAGAAAGCAGGAAAAAUGAUGAGUUGUAACACCCCUGAAAUCCCACUAGUGUCAACAUCUAUUUAUUUCAUGGUUACUUUCUUGUUUUUAUAAUGGACCUGGUUAGUCAUGAUGUAAACGGAACGCAGCAAACAGUCUGACAACAAAA